AUGUCUGGAGACGUCAAAGGAACACUUUCCAAAGUCAAAAGUGGAAAUGUCUCGGGUCGACUUGCUGCCAUUGGAGCUCUCUUCUCUCUUGCCAGUGAUGACGAUAUUCGAGAAGAAAUUAGAGAAAUGGGAGGAAUUGGUAUUUUAGUGGGUUGUUUAGAUGAAACUGCUGAUCCACGAAUUCCACGUCAAGCUUGUGGUGCUUUAUUGAAUAUGGCCAAUGAUGACAAGUGUCGUGAAGAAAUUCGUGAUUUUGGAGGUAUUGAAUUAAUUCUCAAACUCAUUGAAAAUCAAUUCAAAGAUAGCACUUGUUUAGAGUAUGCCACUGGUGCUCUUUUGAAUUUAUCCUCGGAUGAUGAAACGAGAGAAAUGGUUCGUGAAGCCAAUGGAGCUCCAAUUCUUGCACAUUGUUUGAAACAAGCUCCAAGUGAUGAAGUGUUGAGAAAUUCAGUUGGAUCGGUCGCUUCCUUGUGUUUCGAUCAGGAAUUUACUCGUCAAUUGGUGAGUGAAGGAGCAUUACCUUAUAUUAUCAAUGCAUUGGAAUCAAAGGAUGAAGAGACACGUUCAAGAACAAGUGGUUGUAUUUGGAAUUUGAGUGUCACUUCUGAUGAAACACGUGAAGCAUUGGCUCGUGAAGGAUGUUUAGAAAAAUUAGUGGAUUUGUUAAAGCAUCAUGAAGAGAAUAAUGAAGAUGCUGAAACUGUUGGAAAUUGUGUCAUGUGUCUGUCUAUUUUGAGUUCCAAUGAUAUGGUUGCUGAGACUCUUCGUGAAAUGGAUGGAUGUUUUGAAAUGAUUGUCAAGUUUUUGACAAAUUCUGAUGCAACCAUUGCUCAGAAUGCUGCAGCUGCUAUUUGGAAUUUGGCUCAUAACGAUGAGAAUAAGAAAGUUCUUUCCGAAUUGGAUACCAUGGCUGCUUUGAUUCCACUUUUGGAUGCUUUCCAUUCAGAAAGUCAAUGGGAUGCUUUGGAAAAGGUUUUGGGAGCUGUGUUGACCUCAAGUACGAAUGAUUCCAUGGCUGGUCAGUUCCGUGAAAAUAAUGGAUUUCCUCCUUUGAAAGCCAUCAUUGAAGGAAAACUCGAUCCAACCACCAUUCAAGACGAUCAACACAAAAAGUGUGUACUUUAUGGUAUCAUUGGUUUUGCAGUGUUGGCUUACAAUGACAAGAAUAAGGAUGAAAUUCGUGAAUGUGGUGCUCUUGGAGACUUGGUUGAACUUCUUCGUUUGGAAUACGAUGAUGAUUUGCUCGAGAAAGUCACUGCUGCUCUUCUCAAUUUAACUCAUAACAUUGAAAAUCGAGUAGCCAUUCGUAAAUUGGAUGGUAUUGCACCACUCAUUGAAUUAUUGUAUCACCCCAAUGAAACCAUUUCUAUGAAUGCAGCUGGUUGUUUGUGGAAUUUGAGUAAUGAUGAGAGUUGUAAGGCUGUCAUUCGAAGUUUGGGUGGUUUGAAACCCAUACUGACCAUUAUUGGUGGUGGAAAAGUGGCGCCAAAAUCCAAAAAAGAUCGAGCCAUCAGUAAGGAAGCCAUUGAAGCGGCCAAUCGUCUGGUGAAUGGAGGAGAUGAUGAACAGGAGGAGUCAGAAAUGUUUCAUGUCGUUGAAUUUAUUGAAGAACAAUUCAAUCCAAAUAAGGAAUAUGAACACUUGGAUGAUCAACCAUUGUUGGAUCAACCAUUGAAUAAUCAACCUCAAUUGAAUCGAAAUGGUGAACAAAGAACAACAACUGGAGCUGGUAUUGAAUAUGGAGAGGAAACUGGAAUGACUCCAGGCAAAAUCAUUGUAGGAGCUGCUCGUAUUGACAUUAAAAAUCGAAGAAGACAAGCUGAAAUUGAACGUGAACAGAAGGAAGCUGAAGAAAGAGAGCUCAGAAGAAAGGAGGCUGAAGAACGAGAACGUGCUCGAAAGAAGAAGGAAGAAGAAGAGCUCAGACGUAAAGAAGAAGAGCAAAAGAAAAAGCAAAAAGAAGAAGAAGAAAGAAAACGCAAAUUCGAGGAAGAAAUGAAACGAAAGGCUGAAGAAGAGGAACGUCAACGAUUGUUGGCUGAGGCUGAAAAAACAAAAAAUCAAGCCAAAGAGGCAUUCGAUGCCAAACAUAAGAGAAAGAAUGUCAAAGAUGAAGACAUGGAUUGGGAUGAAAUUUAUGAGGAUGGUUUCACACCUUCGAAAACCAAAGAAGAAGCAAGGGACAAUUUCCAAGGUCAAAUUGAUCAAUUCACCAAUUUAAUUGAUCCUUUCAAUUCAAAUGGUGUUCGUGAUCAACUCACUGAGGAUGAUCUCAAAUUCAUUGAAAGUGAAAUUGAGAGAGCGAAAAACUUUUUGGAACAACAUCCAAAUGCCACCAAGGAACAACUCGAUGAUGUCCGUAAGGAGUUGGAUGCCAAUGUGAAACCUCUCAUUGAAAUAGCCAAAGCAAAAAAGGUCUUAUCCGACAUGACUCAAAACAUUCGUGAUCGUGUAAUGAAUGAUUCCGAAUUAUUGAAUAAUUUGACUCCUGAGGAGAGACGUGAACUCGAGCAAGCAUUGGCCGAGAUGGAACAAUGGCUUCGCGACCAUCCAGAUGCCACCCAAGAAGAAAUUGAAGCGAAGGAACGUGAACUCUUGUCCAAGAUUAAACCCAUUCUUGCAAGAGCCAAAACACGCAACGAUUUGGAGAAUUAUGCUCAUGAUUUGAGAAAGAAAGCCUCAGGCGAAGAAGAUGAAGGUUUGGACUAUGACUUGUUAUUGGGUGAUGAAGAUAAGAGAAAUUUACACGAUGCCAUUCGUGAAGUUGAGGACUACUUGUUGGAGCAUCCUCAUGCCACUGCUCAAGACUAUGAAGACAAGUUGCAAGAAACCAAGAAACGAAUCGAACCCAUCUUGAAGAAGGCUCGUGCCAAGAAGGAACUCUUAGACUAUGCUUCUGGAAUGAGAGAUCGUGUACAAAAUGAUCAAGACUUGAAGAAACGUAUCAGUCCUGAAGAGAGAAGAGGUAUGGAACAAGCCUUGGAUGACUUUGAUAAGUGGAUCAAGAAUCAUCCCAAUGCCGACUUGGACACUCUCGAGAAACAACGACAACGUUUGAAACAAAAAUUGGAACCUGUUGUUUCCCGCGUGGAUGCACACAACACGUUGGAUGAGUACAUCAAUCGUACACGAAAGAGAAUUGAUGAUAAGGAUGACUUGGGUGAUUUAUUGGAUGAUAUGGACAAGAAGACUCUCCAGAAGGAAUUGAAAGACUCGGAAGACUUUUUGAAGAAGGUCGAGAAGGAUCCUUCCAAAUUCAAUGCCGAUGACAUUUCUCAAAAGAAGAAGGAUCUCAAAGAGAAGAUGGCUCCACUCUUGGAGAAGGCGAACAAACGAAAGGAACUCAAGGAUCAAGCUCGUCGAGUGAGAGAUGUGCUCUCAUCGGAUCAUGAACUUUCUCCAUUCCUCUCACCAAAGGAAAGAAAACUCAUCGAGAAUGAGACUCAAGACAUGGAAGAUUGGAUUCGAAACAAUAAGAAGGCCACUCCUCAACAGAUUGAAGAGAGAAGAAAGAAAUUCGAGGAGAAGGUGCAACCUGUGUUGAGCAAUGCUGAGCAACGAAAGGCACUCUCAGAUUAUGCUCAAAGAAUUAAGGAUCGAUUGGAGGAUUCUCAAUUUGUGGACAAGUUGAAACCAGAAGAGAAGAAGGCUCUCCAGGAGGCUCAUGAUGAAUUGAAGAACUUUUUGGCCAAGAAUCCUGAAGCUACUUCUAAAGACAUUGAGAAGCAACGUGAUAAGGCCAACGAAAAGGUUUUACCAAUUUUGGAAAGAGUCCGAGAACAAGCAGCACUGGAGAACCAUGUCAACAAUGUGCGUGAUAAAGUACGUGACGAUCCACAAUUGAGUAAAUUCCUCUCAGAUAAGGAAAAGAAAGCCAUUGAGAAGGCUGUUCAAGAUGUUGAGAAAACUCUCAAGAACAAGCCUUCCGUAGCUGAAUCCAAGAAGGCAAAGGAUCAAUUCAACGACACUGUGAAACCUCUCAUUGAAAAUGCAUUUGCUAGAAGCAAGAUCUCUGAUCAUGCUGGUGAAAUUUUGAAGGAAGUUAGUGAAGAUCCUCAAACAACUUCAAAGGAUAAGGAAGCUGUCAAGAAGGCAAAGAAGGAUUUGAUUGAUGACUUUUUGGCAAAGAAUCCAGAUGCCACCAAAGAUCAAGUGGAGCAACAACGAAAGAAAUUUGAUGAUGCUGUGUCCUCUGUCACUGAUCGUAUUCAUAAGAAGAAGGAAUUAGAAAGAAAACUCAAUGAUCUUCAAAGAAAAUUGGACGAUCCAGAAAGUGCUGUUUGUACUAAAUCCACACCUGAAGAGAGACAAUAUUUGGUUUCUAAAUUGAAUGAAAUGAACAAAUUCUUGGAUGAGAAUCCAAGUGCCACUAAACAACUUGAAGAUAAGCUUAAUGAAUUUAAUUCACAAGUUGAACCAACCAUGAAGACUUGUGAAAAAAGAGCUCAAUUAGAUCAAUUCGCCAAUAGUAUUAGAGAUCGACUUGUAGAUCCUAACGAUGAUUUGUGCAAGCAUUUGAAUGAAAAAGAAAAACAACAACUCAGAGAUGCUACCAUUGAAGCUUUGAACUUUUUAGAAAAGAAUCCAGGUUGCUCUGGAAAUGAUGUUACCCAAGCAAAGAAGAAACUUGAUGACAAGACUAAGGAAUUGCUUGAAAAAGCAAAAGCAAGAGGUGGUCUCUAUAGAAAGGCUGGUGGUUUGAUUAGUGACGUAUCCAAUUAUGGUGAAGGUGGUCUUGGAGGAAAAUUGAGUGCUGUUGAAAGAGCUGAACUUGUUGACAAGUGCUAUGAAGUUAUGUCCUUCUUGGACAAGAAUCCAAAUGCUACUGCCAAACAAAUCAAAGACAAAGAGAAGGAACUUAAUAAGGUUGUGAACCCAAUCUUGGACAAGAUCAACGAAAGAGAAAAUCUUAUUGAUUUGGUGAAGGGCAUUCGUGAUCAAGUAUUUGACAUGGACACUGGUCUCGUUGAAGAUGAAGAUGAAACUAAGAAUCUUCCCUCAACAGUUGAAAAGGAUGCUGCUGAUGAAUUGGAAGAUUUGUUGAAUGGACCCACACGAACAUCCAAAUCUGCAAAGGAUGAGAAGGCACGUUCUGAGAAGUUGGGUAAUUUCCUCACUGAAGACGAAAAGAACAAGAUUGAUGCUGCCAUGAAACAUGUGUUGGAUCUCGUGAAUUCAGAUCCAAAUCUCACUGUCUCUGAUUUGAAGGAACAAGGAAGAGUUAUCAAACAAGACACGGAUAGCAUUUUGAAGGCAGCCAAAUCUCGAUCCGAUCUCAAGGAUUAUUUGACAGGCUUUCGUGAUCAACUUCGAGAUGAAAAGGAUUUAGCAGCCAAUCAAUUGAGUGAGGCCGAUAAGAAACAAAUUGAAAAUGCAGUGAACCAGGCACUCGAUUGGUUAACCAAAGACGGAGCUUCUGCCUCCCCAGAUGCUGUCGAACAAAAGAAGAAGGACGUCAUGAAUCAAAUUGAACCUCUCCUUCAAAGAGCCAAAGAACGAGGAGAAUUAGAAACCAUUGCUAACAAAUUGAAACGUCGUUUGGAGGAUGACGUGGAUUUGACUUCUGCUCUAUCAGAUAAGGAAAAGAAGACUCUCGAAAAUGAAGUGAAAGAGGCCUUGGACUUUUUGGCCAAAAAUCCAAAUGCCACAGCUGAACAAUUGUUGGAUCGUCGUAAGAAGUUUGAUGAAACUGUUUUACCAAUUUUAGAAAAGACAGAAGCAAGAAACAAAUUGAAGAAUUAUACCAAUGAGCUCCGUACUCAACUCUAUGAUGAAGAUGAUCUCGGUGGAAAACUCUCUGAACAAGACAAGAAGAAGAUUGAGAAUUUCAUUGAUGAAGCUGUUGACUUUUUAGAAACCAAUCCUAAUGCCACAAAAGAACAAAUCGAUCAAAAACGACAUGCGCUCGAAUCCAAGGUUGCUCCAAUCCUCAAGAAGGGUGAUAAGGCAAGAAAGGCUGAAGAACUUGCCAAUGAUAUUAAGAAUCGAUUGGAGAAUGAUUCCACUCUGAGAGAUGCAUUGGCUCCAGAGGAACGUAAGAUUGUCUCCGACGCCACCAAAGAUUUCUCGGAUUGGCUCGAAAAGAAUGGUGCUCAUGCCUCGGAAAACGAAACCAAGGACAAGGAACGUCAAUUCAAAGAGAAGGUCGAUCCAAUUUUGAAUAAGGCUAACAACCGAAACGCUCUCAAGGAACAAGCCAAGAAACUCCGAGACAAGUUGAACCAGGAUCCACAAGUCUCUGGUUUAAAGUUCUCCGAUUCGGAAAAGAAGGAACUCGAGAAACACACUCAAGAUGCCAUUGAUUAUUUGGACACAGUCGGAGCCAAUACCUCAACCACUGCCGAUCAAAUCAAGAACAAGAUUCAAGACUUUAAGAAUAAGACCACCCCCAUUGUCGAGAAAGCCAAACAACGAAGAGCCUUAGAAAAAUAUGCUGCAGGUGUGCGCGAUAAGAUUCAAAACGAUUCAGUCAUCUCCUCACGACUCACUCCCGAGGAGAAGAAACUCAUUGAUCAAACUGCACAAGAAGUAUUGGAUUGGAUCCAACGUCAUGGUGAUGAGGCCUCUCUUCUCGAUUUGAAAGAAAAGAUGCGUGAAGGAAAGAGCAAGAUUGAACCAGCCAUGCAACGUGCAGAGAAGCACAAACAAUUGGAAGAGCACGUGAAUAAGAUUCGAGACAAGACGAACGGUGAGUUGAAGGAUUGUCUCACUCCCGAAGAGAAGAAGGUUGUUGAGGCUGAAACUCAAAAGACUCUCGAUUGGUUGGGUAAGAAUAAGACGGCUCCAACGAGUGCUGUUGAGGCUCAACAACGUGCUCUCGAUGGAAAGAUUUCAAGCAUUAUGGAGAAGGCUCAAACAAAGAAGGAUUUAUCAAACUUUGCUCAUGCCAUUAGAGAUCGUUUGAAGAACGAUAAGGAAUUGGAUCAAUUACUCACAGCCGAAGAGAAGAAGAUGAUCAAUGAUGCCGUUCAAGAAACAUUGGAUUGGCUUGCAAAGAAUCCUAAUGCCUCUCUCUCCGAUCUCAAAUUACGAAAGAAGAAGCUUGAGGAUGUCGUGAAUAAUGUAUUGGGUGACAAGGAAGCUGCUGAAAACUUUAGAAAUUAUGCUGAGAAGAUUCUUGAAGUCUUGAAGAAGAACAAACAAGUUCAACGUGAUUUGACUGAUGAAGAGAAGAGAGAUGUUGAAUUGUUUGCAGAGACAGCGAAGGAUUGGCUUCAUCAAAAUCCUAAUGCUACGGCACGACAAAUUCGUAUGGAAAAGAAGAAACUCGAAGAAAAGUUAGGAAAAAUCAAAAAUUUCAAAUUCGAGAUUCCUAAUGCGACCUACAUUGGUAAAUUCUCUGAAAAACUACGUUGGGGUGAUGAAUCUAAGAGAACCAAAGACAUUACUCAUCUCAUGGGUUCGUAUAUCAAGAAGGGUGAUACCACCAAGUCUUCAAAGCCAAUUCAACCUCCAACCAAACAAUACAAGAUGGUCAUUCCACAACGAAAACUCACCAAGGAAGAAGAGGAGGAAUUGAAACUCUUUGACACCAUGAAACAUAAUAAGGGAGGCCUUAUUGAAGCUAAAUUACAAAGUUUGAUGGGAAGUGUCAAUGCUGGACAUGGUGCAGGCUUUGCUGCUGAGGAAGAUCUAAAUGCUGAACCUCCUGUAGUGUAUUCAUAUGCAGAGUUAAAGAAUAACAAACAAAAGAAGUAUCCUGCUGGAGUCGACGUCAAUAAGAGAGAACAAUAUUUGAGUAAUGCUGAGUUCUUCCAAGUGUUCAAGAUGACUCGUGAGGAAUUUAGAAAGUUGCCUGAAUUUAGACAAACCAAGGCUAAGCGUGAUGCAGAAUUGUUUGCUUAUGCCUAUGAGCUUUAA